CUUUGCAACCUUCGCAUCUCCUGAGGCUGAGCAGUGACGUUGUCAGGAAACUGUAACCCGGAAGUUGAUGUAAUUCGCGACAUUCGAGGUCAAUCGGAGCUUCAUCCUGCAGCUUGUAGCUGUAACGGAUCCCAGCUAAGCCUCACCACGACCAUGUCUCGUUCCCGCCAACCCCCGCUGGUCACCGGCAUCUCGCCCAACGAGGGCGCACCCUGGACCAAGGUCACCAUCCGGGGGGAGAACCUGGGCACGGGACCCGCGGACCUCAUCGGGCUGUCUAUCUGCGGACACAACUGCCUGCUCACUGCCGAAUGGAUGUCCGGCAGCAAGAUAGUGUGCCGGGUGGGGCCGGCCAAGGACGACAAGGGGGAGAUCAUCGUCUCCACCAAGUCCGGGGGCAACGGAACCUCCACCGUCUCCUUCAAGCUCCUGAAGACCGAGAAAAUAGGUAUUCUGGACCAGUCUGCGGUGUGGGUGGACGAGAUGAACUACUACGACAUGCGCACCGACCGGAACAAGGGCAUCUCCCCCCUGUCCCUGCGCCCCGCCAAUCCGCUCGGCAUUGACAUCGACAAGUCCAAGGUGGCGCAGAAGGACCUGGAGUCCAUGUUCCCGGGAAUGAGCGGAGACUUCACCAGCGAGAACUUCUCGGCCACCUGGUACCUGAUCGAGAACCACUCCAGCACCAGCUUUGAGCAGCUGCGCAUUGCGGCCCAAAACCUGCGGAAACAGGCCAAUAAGAAGAACGACGGCAGCCUGGCCUACGUUAAGGGGGGGCUCAGCACCUUCUUCGAGGCCCAGGACGCGCUGGCAGCCAUUCACCAAAAGCUGGAGGCUGACGGCACGGAGAAAGUGGAGGGGUCCAUGACGCAGAGACUGGAGAACGUCCUGAACCGGGCGAGCGACACGGCGGACACCUUGUUUCAGGAAGUGCUCGGCCGCAAGGACAAGGCCGACUCCACGCGCAACGCCCUGAACGUCCUGCAGCGCUUUAAGUUCCUCUUCAACCUCCCGCUCAACAUCGAGCGCAACAUUCAGAAGGGAGACUACGACGUUGUGAUCAAUGACUACGAGAAGGCCAAGUCUCUGUUUGGGAACACGGAGGUUCCGGUGUUCAGGAAAGUUUACGCUGAAGUAGAAACGCGUAUCACCGCUCUGCGGAGGCUCCUAUUGGACAAGCUCCUGGAGACUCCGUCCACGCUGCAUGACCAGAAGCGCUACAUACGGUACCUGUCGGACCUGCACGCCCCAGGUGACCCGGCCUGGCAGUGCAUCGUCGCCCAGCACAAGUGGAUCCUCCAGCUCAUGCAGAACUGCAAGGACACCUACGUCAAGGGCCAGAGAGGGUUGGAUGUGGAGGGUGACCUGCGUCCCUCUGCAGUGACUCGUCUCAGCCAGACAGCGUCGCUGAAGCGAGGGAGCAGCUUCCAGACCCCCGCGGACGCCUCCUGGCGCUUUAAGGGCCCCCAGCAGGUCGUCUUCGCGGAGAGCCUGACCGACGUGGUCGUCAGCCAGCUGCCCAACUUCUGGAAGCUCUGGAUCUCCUACGUCAACGGGAGCCUGUUCAGCGAGACGGGUGAAAAAUCCGGUCAAGUGGAGAAGUCGAAGAAGAACGCCCGGCAGAGGCAGAAUGAUUUCAAGAAGAUGAUUGAGGAGGUGACCCACCGCCUGGUGAAGCUGGUUCGGGGCGCUCUGUUGCCCGCCACCCUGUCAGAGCCGGACCUCAGGGUGUUCGGGGGCUGGGAGGCCAAAACGGUGCUCACUGGCCAAUGGCUGACCCAGGUCAUCCACACUGUCAGGGUGAGUCAUGAAGCCCUGGCAGCGCUGGAGAUCCCUAACGAUCUGCUGCAGGUGAUCCAGGAUCUGCUGCUGGACCUGCGCGUGCACUGCCUGCUGGUCACUCUGCAGCAGACUGCCGAAGAUGUUAAGAGACUGGCAGAGAAAGAGGACUGGGUUGUGGAUAAUGAGGGAGUCACCUCCUUGCCGGCGCAGUUUGAGCAGUGCAUGGUCCAGACGCUGCAGUCGCUGAAGGAGGCCAUGGAGUGCAAGCCUGGAGAAAUCAAUAUCUUUCAGCUGGAGAGAGUUCAGGACAAAGCUUGUGAACUCUGCGUGGGCAUAAUGAAGGGGUUCAUAAAUGGCCUGGAGCAGUUGAGUACCAAAGCGGCCGGUGACACUUCACACCUGCCUGGGGACCUUGCCUCUCCAGACCACUUCAGAGUGCAAGAGGAUUUUAGCCCAACACUGGAGCAGCGUCUGCUGAUCAUCCUGAGUAACUGCCAGCACCUGGAGAGGCACACCUUCCUCAACCUGGCCGAUCACUUCGAGAAGCACGGCUUCCUGGGGACGGAGAAGAUCACCCGGGUCAGCAUCGAGGCGGUGAGGGAGCUGGACGAGCGGCUCUUCGAGACGUACAUCGAGAAGAAGGCCGACCCCAUCGUCGGGUCACUGGAGCCCGGCGUCUACGCGGGAUAUUUCGACUGGAGGGACUGCUCGCCCCCUACAGGGGUAAGAAACUAUCUGAAGGAAGCUUUGGUGAACAUCAUCACAGUUCACGCGGAGGUCUUCACUGUGUCCAAAGAGCUGGUGUCACGUGUCCUGUCCCGCAUCGUGGAGUCCGUCGCCGAGGAGAUGAGCCGCCUCAUGCAGUGUGUGUCCUCUUUCAGCAAGAACGGAGCACUGCAGGCACGGCUGGAGAUCUGCGCUCUCAGAGAUGCCAUAGCCUCAUACCUGACAGCCGAGAGCAACGCCAGCUUCAAGCAGGCUGUGGAGGCCCUUCCUCAGCUUCACAGCGGAGCGGAUAAGAAGCUCCUGGAGGAGCUCCUGAACACCUUCAAGAGCAGCAUGCACCUGCAGCUGGCCUGUUUCCAGCCCUCCUCCGUCCUGCCCGUGAAGAGAUGAGUGUGUCCGUACACCGCCAAAAACAUGGCCGACACAUCGCCCUUCCUGCUCCUGCCAUCCUGCCAGGGAAGAGCUGAGUGUGUCCGUACACCGCCAACAUCGCCAACAUCGCCAACAUCUCCCUUCCUCGGUUUAGAGGCACUGUUACUGCAAGCUGUAGGAAUAAAGUACAGCGCUGACAUCACUGUCAUGUCAUUUUCUUUUCUUUUUCAUGUAUUACACAUUUCAAUCUGUUUUUGCAUUGCAAAGCAUUACCUGGUUAAUGUAUUGGAAAAUGUAUGAAUAUGACUACUAAUAUGAGUCUUUUUGUCAUAAGAAAUUAAAUGAAAAUAUGUAUGUGGAGCAGUGGAUCCUUAAAUUGCUGUUUUUCUCAUUUCUUUUUCUGAAUGUCACUCUUAAAAACAUAAAACCACCUGCACUUUAAAACUGCAAAACUAAAGUUCAAGUCGGUCAGUUCAGACCUUACAAAAUACACAGCUUUAAAGUUCAAGCUUUUUUGUGUAUCCUGUUAUUGUCAGGAUUUUCAUCAGUUUUAUGAGCCUCAUUUCAUCCAAAUAUGCCUCUACAUUGAUAAUUACGUUGUUUUACUGUCUUUAAGUAUGAAAUAAUAAAAAUAACACUUUCGUUGUGAAUUAA